GCCGGGCAGUGACUCCAGCGGGGCCGGAGCGCAGCAUCCCAGAGCUGGUGAGAGAGGUGCCCCGAGCCCAGCCGAGCCGACACCAUGCCCAAGUGCCCCCGCUGCCAGAAGGAGGUCUACUUCGCCGAGAAGGUGACUUCUCUGGGGAAGGACUGGCACCGGCCCUGCUUGAGAUGUGAGAAGUGUAACAAGACGCUGACAUCUGGAGGCCAUGCAGAGCACGACGGCAAGCCCUACUGCAACCACCCCUGCUAUGCCGCCUUGUUCGGGCCCAAAGGGUUCGGCCGGGGAGGAGCUGAGAGCCACACAUUCAAGUAAACCUCAGGUCUGCCAGGGUUGCCAGCACCGCCCGAAGCCAGCACAAACGCACCGCGACAGACAAAGCAUUUCAGAUUUAAUUCACUCUAGACUAGACUAGCACGUUAAAAGCAAUACGUAACCACGGCUGGGGCUGGAGCGCCGAGGGGCUGGGCUCCAGACGGAGCGCUGCCGGACCGGGGGCGCUGCCGGUCGGGGGAGCUUGGGACGUCUGCUGGAGAGGAAAUCUGCCUGAUACCGCCAAAAGCUGCCUGGAGAGGAGACCACACCCUCCCAGCCACAACCCAGCCCUGCUUCUGGCAUCCAGCGCUCCUGCCGGGGCCCACGGUUGUAUUCUCAGUCUUUAAUAAACCCAGACCAAAAGAUGCUUCCCCCC